UGUGCGAAAAGUCAGGUUAAUGGUACGUUUUCACGUUUACAAAAGACCUUGAAGGACGUCAUCAAAAAUCUCGAAACAAUAUCGUUAUUCGUUUUAAUAGAAAACGCGGAAGAAAUUUGAAGAUAAUAUUCUAUCUCGAUAAAUAUGGAUAAAGUAAUCACGGCCAUCAUGGAAGGAAUAUUUAGAAUUUUAAUUUUGAAAAACGAACGGUGUCGAGUGAAUUGGAAAAAAGGAAGAAAAAAGAUAUAUAUAUAUAUAUAUAUACAUAUAUAUAUAUAUAUAUAUAUAUAAUAUCAUGUAUAUAGACGUAUCUGUAUCAAAUGGAAGAUAUAAACAGACGCGCCCAUUAAGACGACAACUUUAAUGUAAUAUUAUUGUCAGGUUGUUUUUAAAUGGUCGUUUUACGCAAAGAUCAGUGGUAUUCCUACGCCAUCGUAUAGUUGUAUCAUUGCGCGUAUAGAAUACGCAUAUUUUUGUUGUGCAAUGCUUUUUGAAGGCGUUUUCUUUCGUACACCGGUCAUCGGAAGUAAAAGAUCUUGGUUUGUAUAUCUUUUAAAAAAAGAAAAUUAAACAUCGGUAAAUUUAAUUUUUCGAAGAUGUUUUCUUUGACGUACAUUCGUGCUUAUUUAUCAAUUCUUUUGGUCGAUUUCGUUCAUGGUUCAACUUUAACGGCACCACCUUUAUCAGUUUUGGUUAUUGGUUUUGAUGGUGCUUACGAUCUUUCUUUACUCGCAAACACACUUUCGGAUCAAGGUAUCGACGUGACAUUGAUUAUACCUGAAAAUAUCGCUGAUGAUCUUUAUGAGAAUCUUCUAGACGUCGAAGUUUAUCAUUUAAAGACAUCUCACGAAAAAUCUAUUUAUUCGGAGAAUAAUGCAUUGAGAUUCUGCGAGAAUUUAUUCAACGAUCAAGAAUUAUCGAAAAAAGUGCAGGAGUUUCGAGCGGCUGUAACGUUGUUUCCUGCUUUGUGGCAUGACGGAUGCUUGUUACCAUGGAUCAAAUCAUUCGAUUCUAUACCUGUUAUAUUAACCAGAAAUACCUAUGAAGAAAUUUAUGUCUUUGAUCGUACCGGUGUGGCUUUGCCGAUUUUAAAGGAUGGUUUUUGGUCUAGAAUAUUUAGCAAUCUUGCAUGGAGAUACAUAUCUUCAAACGUUGAAAGCAGUUUUAUAACGCCGGCUUUUCGUAUAGCUAAAAAACAUUUAACCGAUUUAGAGAUCAGUCAAGACGAUCUGUAUUCCGACGUACGUUUGGUAUUUUGGGGAGCGGAUAGUAUCUUACGCAUGGAGUUUGCUUCCUUGACGCAAAUGUUAGUCGAGAUCGGGUGUCAUCAUUGUAGAGGACCACAGCCUCUACCAGGAGAGUUUCAAAAGUUACUUAUUGAACAUAGACUCGGUAUCAUUGUUGUUCUUUUGGACGAAUAUUAUAAAUUAUUGAUAGAAGAGAUCGCACAGAAAUUGCCGCAGGGUAGACAGGGACAAGCGAUGGUAUGGAAAAUUCGAGAAUCGAUCUUUAACAAGGAGGAAAAAUUUUCGAAAAAUCUCUAUCUAUGGAAAAACAUUGAUAGACAAGAUAUCAUAGGUAAUGGUCGAACACGUGUGGUUUUGAGUCAUUGUGCCGAUGUGGAACUUUUAGAAAUUGCCUUUCAUGGUUCUCCGGUAAUAUGUUUCCCAAGGGAUAGACAAGAAUCUGAAAAUGCUGCACGUGCCGUCGAAUUAGGUUUCGCACAUUUGAUGGAUAUUAACAACGAUCGAAUAUCUAUUAUUAGCGAUGAUAUCACUACUCUCAUCGAAAUGAUUUAUGCGUCUACGCAUUAUCGUGAAAAUGCUAGAAAAAUUUCUGUAGCUAUACGUGACAGAUUAAAUCCAGCAUCGGAUAGAUUGGUUUAUUGGCUUCGUUACAUCGCCAGGACUAAAGAUGACCAGGAAAGGUUACUCGUUGCACCUUCGCACGUAAAUACUUUCUACGAGGAUUUCCAAUUCUUUGUUGGUCUUUGUACGGGUAUCAUACUGGGUGUUUUAUUUGCUGGCAUUGGUUUCUUAUUCCGAUAUAUUAUAAUGUCGGAAAAAAUGCGGAAAUCAAAGGGAAGAUAUCAACGUUAAUAUAUAUAUAUAUAUCUUUUUAUCGUAAGUGUACAUACAUAUACAAAUGUUACGAACUAUGGUAUAUCUCAUUUCUAAUAGAGAGAGAGGCCUAAUCAUAUUUACGAGAAGUUAUUUAAUUAGUGAUUUUGGAAAAGCUAAGAAUAUAAUGUAAUAUAUUAUCAUAAGGAAAAAUAAAUUAUACAAAUUUCUCAAUACUGCGGCUCUGUGUGACGUACGCGUAAUAACGAGUUUCUCGUUAUUCUGUCUACGCGUCUUAUCAUAGAGUCUUACAAACAUACGGACGAAUAGAGAUAAACGAAAAUGAAUAAAACGAAGUCCAGAGGCUGUAUAUAUAAAAAGAUGCUUUCGAUUCGAAGUGGAAAAAUGAUCGAUGAUACAAACGAACUAUAAGAAGAUAGAAUGGUAUAUCUCUGUUAUCGUAGUACAUAGCUCAUGAAAAAAUAAUUUUCGAUUACAAGAUGGCCCAGGAUAAAAAAAAUCAUGUCUAAUAAGAAAUAAAAAAAAAUAAAUAAAUAAAUAAAUAAAGGAGUCGCACAGUGUGAUCUUAAAUUUAUAAAUUAGGUAAUAAAUAAAUAAAAAAAAUGGACAUCUCUUGGGAUAAGAUAAAAAGUGAUGUUUACUGCGAUCAUUUACAUCUUAAAAAAUAUGUCAAUAUGAGGAUAUAUUUACGAAUAUUUAUUAUGUUUCGCAUGAAAAUCGAUGAAAAUUUAUCUGACACCGAUUCGAUUUAAAACUAACUCUUCUUUCUCAAACACCUUUCCAUUUUUUUUUUUUUUGAAAUAUUGGAUUUCACGAGUCAUCAUAUUAUUGUCACGAAAAACAUACCACUCUAUCUAUAAAAAAAAAAAAAAAAAAAAAACGACUCCGAUUAUCCGAAAGAAUGACCUUGAAGGAUGAAGAGGGGAAAGAAAAUGUUCCUGUUGUAUUUCUCGUUCUGUGACAUUCUUUCGUCCCAUUUAAAAUGGAAAUAUUUAGACGUACGGUUUCAAACGGAGACACUCUGCGUUCUAGAAUGAAAAAGAAAUAAUUUUGAAUUGAAUGAAUCUACUCUCGUCGAUCAUUUCUUUUUCGUUUUCGAGCAAUCGUCGUAGUGCCUAUAAUUAAUAAACAUUUUCCAUAUGCUCGGUUUGUCAAUAUCCACGCGGUCGACGCUGCACCUGAGAGCCAGACUAGCAUAACGAGCCACGUGUUCGUAACUCCAACGUGGGUAUGUAUCCAUGUCGACGAUCGCCUCCUCACAUACCCACACCAUUAUUAAUACUGAAACUCGAGGGGUCCGCGCUUAGGCGGGCGCGCGCGCGUGCACACGCACGCACACACGCACGCAUGCACGCAGUCUAUCGUUGGCUUCUUUUUUCUUCUUCUAUUCAUACACGAGAGAACAGCGCGGACAAAGCGUAUUACCCUGAGUAUCCGAAAUUAUAGAUAAAUAAACUUAAAAUAAACGUUGCCGAAGAGUGGAUUAUUUACGACACUCUGACUGUCAGGUACAGAACGCUUUUUAUUUUUUUAUUUUUUAUUUUUUCCUUCAUCUUCUUCUUCAUAAUCUUUCUCUCUCUCUCUCUCUCUCUCUUUCUCUCAUUUCCUCUCUUUCUCUUUUUCUAUUUCUUUUUCUCUCUUCUCCCCACUUUUCAACAGAGUCGUAGGUAUAUCGUCUUUUUUCUUAUUUUCUAGCCUCUCGCGGCGGAUAUUGGUAUAUAUAUAUAUAUAUUUUUGUUGUGUUCCUUUCUAUUUUUCUCCCUCGUUCCUUAGCUUCCCAAUCCCCUUUCCUUUUCCUUAUAUCGAUCAUUUCGUUCCUCUUUCUCUUAUUUCAUCAACGCAACGUUAAAAAUCGUGCGAUAAGUAUCUUUUUAUCGAUUUACCUCGAAAUCGAUGAUGAGCCAUUUCUCUUCUAAAAGAAGACACGGUGUCAAAUUGCAUGGAGUCGCCUGACUAAAGUCUCUCUAUUAUUUUCUAAUUGCAAAUGUGUUCCUCGCGCCUCUGUCUGCAUAGUUCGCACUUCACGUGACAGCACCAGACGAAUCGGCAACUGCAUUUCUCUGUGACGUCCCUUACCCUUGUUUGAUAACCACGACCGCAGCAUAACAAUCGGCAACCAUCCAGACCCGGUGAUGUUCGAUUGCAAAUUCUUCCUCUCGUUCCAGGAAUACCUAGCCUGUGAUCAGUCCGAACGAUUAAAUCCGUUUGUUUGUUGCUUCUUCUUUUUUUUUUCUUUUUUUUUCUUUUUCUUUUAAGUGCCAAUAUUCGUUCAUCGUGAGAUAAGAGAAGCGUGAGAUAAGAUAUGGGUCCAUUGGAAAAUAUUAUUAUCAGGUCAUAUGUAAAAUUAUAAAAUGUCGGAUUAAUUCAUUCUAAUUCUAAUAUUCGCAAACUUUAUAUUAAAAGUUAAAUAAUGAUUCAUCGACUCGUUGCAAAGUUUUAUGGGUGUUUUUUUUUUCUCUCCCUCUCUCUCUCUCAAUUUUUUUUUUUUUUAAUUUUUACGUUUAAUCUUCGCAGAAAUUUUUUAUGACGUGAAAAUGAGGAUGAUUCUUGUAUUUUUUGUUUUUUUCUUGUUUUUCUUUUUCGUUACGAGUUUGAACUCUGUAUGCAACGCAGCCCAUGCGACUCGUAAUAAUAAUUUUUGUUUGUUUGAUAACGUUAACGUUAAUGAACGAAUUAUACAAAGAUGGUUUGAAAAAUUCUAUUACAGUAGAAUUUAACGAAAAAAGCCUCGGGGAAAAUUUCGUAAUGUUAAUGAAAUUGAAUAAUGCUUAUGCAGACUUUUUGUCGUCUGGAAAUCAGCGGAAGGGACUUUUUCGAGAGAGAAAUAUUUUUUCUUUCCUUUUUUCUAAAAUGUAGUUCGUAAAAGACAAAUACAAUCAUACGUUGUCUAUUUCGACGAAUGAAUAAAAUGUUUGUUUGAUAUUAAAAAAGAAAAGAAAAGAAAAAAAAAACUAUUUCCAUUUCCAUUUGAAAAAAAUCCGACAUUUUGUACUACACGACCUAAUAUAAAUAGGAAUAAUCACGACAUUAUAUUCCCAUAAGAAAAUUCUUUUAGAAAGAGUUUGAAAUUAACUCGAAGCUGCUUAAAACGAUUAUAUCGUUUGUCGAUUAAUCGAUACAUCAGUUACGCCAUUGAAUUAUUAACGAAGAAAAUAUUUUCUUUUUUUUUUUUUUGGUAAAUUGUUUUUCUCUAAUAGAGAUCCCACACGAAUCCUAAUGGUUCUAUACGUAUCAUUCUGUUGAUAAAUAUACAAACAUACGUGAUGUUUCUUUCACAAUAAUCAGGACUGUCCUCCAGGUAAACUAAAUCCGUCUUGUUCGGUCGUUUGAGAUCGGGUUGCGCGGGCCUCAGUCUUGCGGGUUUUCUACCGCCUCGUUGAGCCAGUCGUACCAAUGCUGCCCCAUCAUGAAGAGCUGCGAGAUCAGUCCCGGCUUCUCUGAAUGCUGGAAGUCUCCUCCAACAGACGCGAACACUGCACGAUCCGGACAUGCCUAAGAAUAUUCGAUGUAUUUAACGUAUAUCGAUUGAAAAUACAGAAGAUAAUUAGCAAUAACGAACGAUAGCUAUAAUAGAAAGGUAUCUGAAUGUUUAUGAUUAAUAUAUUAUUUUGAUUAAUAUAUGGCUAUAUUAUUUAAUGUUAUGUUAUAAACGUAAACAUAAAAAAAAAAAAGAAAAGAAAUAUAGAACGUAUGCGUUCGUUGAUAAGAUCUUGAUAAGAUCCGAUCGUACCCAUAUCUUCUCUUUUAACUUUGCAAUAUAUUUUUCAUUUCACACGUACGAUAUAAUACCGUAUUUAUUGUUAAGAAAUUAACUUGAUAAUAUAAAGAUCUUACCGUGACACUUGCAAA